CCCAUCUUCUUCUGUCAUCCCCUACUCCGUAGCUACUCUCUCAUCCCCGGCGGCGUCACCAUAAAUCACGACCACCGCCAGCAAAAAAAUGCCAGGAAUUCUUCAAAAGAAAUUCUACCAUUGCUUUCCAAACUUCAAAUGCCUUCCCACAAAUCUCUCUCUAUCUUUCGAAGAAGAAGAAAAUGAACAAACUAUCAAAAACUUCAACUCUGUUUUCGACAUUCCUUCUGAUUCCGCCACUUCUAAAUCUCUCACUAAUUCCUCCACCUUAACAGAAGAUUACAUCUUCUCUUCUUUUGAAGAUUCAGAAUAUUCUGAUACUGAUUCCAACAAUAUUCCCGAUUUCUCCAAUGUCUUUGCAUCUCAACGCUUCUUCUUCACUUCUCCUGGUAACUCCAACUCCAUUGUGGACUUUCCGACGACCCCUUCGCCGGAGAAGAGAGAAGAGGCGGUGGUCAACGGCGGCGUUGCCAUUCAAACUUACUCGCCUGACCCGUAUUCCGAUUUCCGACGAUCAAUGCAAGAAAUGGUGGAAGCUCAUGAGUUGACUGACGUGAAAGCCAAUUGGGAAUUAUUGCAUGAACUCCUCCUCUGUUAUUUAAACCUUAAUCCGAAACAUACCCACAAAUAUAUCGUUGGUGCUUUCUCGGAUCUUGUUGUUUCUCUCAUGACGUCAUCGAGCGAUCAAGAAAAAAGACGAAAGGUACAGCUAAACGGUGAACAGUCAACCAUCUUAUUGUAAAAAUUGAAUAGAUUCAAUUUACUAUCAUUAGGAUCUUCUAAAAAGGUUAACUAAACCCAGCAAUGACGAUAUCGGAGGAAUAAGCAACAACUAACGGCUACAGCCAGAGUGGAUUCAGUUCAUUAGUUAUGGGUUCCAGCGAACCAGUAAUUUUUAUUUAGAACUUGUGUUUGUAUUGAAAAAUCCAUUAAAUGUAUAAGAAUAUUUAGCUU